UAUCGAUAAGUUCUUAGCCGAGCAGCGCCAAGAAAGUACAAUAAAGCAAUUUAAGAGCAAAUACUUAAGUGAAUUUGGGAAUAAAUUGCUAAUAAUCAAUUCCAAAUAUGAGUCUCACAAAACACUUUCGAUGUUUGUUUCAUGUGACGACGCUUCGCAGCGCUAUAAAACGCACACAUCCUUCGGCAGAUCGAAAUUCUCAACCCAUAUCGGAGGCCUUGCUGCAGCAGGUUGAUAAGAGUACACCGAAUCUACGAUUACUGGAGAUCGCGUCCGGUUCGGGUCAGCAUGCCGGCUUUUUGGCCCCCCUCCUACCGAACAUCAGUUUUCAAACAACGGAAUAUGAGCGCAGAGAUUUCAGUUCGAUUAAGGCAUAUGCCGCCGACUGUGCAACUGGUAAUAUCUGCCCACCACUCUUUGUGGACAUUUCGCAGGAGCUGCAGCAAUGGGAGGAAGGGACGAGGGCGCAGCUAAAGCCCGCCAGCUAUGACUAUAUGUUGAACUGCAAUAUGAUGCACAUUACGCCAUGGAACUGUUCGGAGGGACUAUUUCGUGCUGCUGGCCAGCUGCUGAAACCGGGCGGCAAACUCUUCACCUAUGGACCCUAUGCCCAGGACGGCCUAUUGACACCCCAAAGCAAUGUCGACUUCGAUGCGAGCUUGAGGAGUCGCAAUAGUGAGUGGGGCAUACGGGAUAUCAGGGAUCUGAAGCAGUUGGCCGAUUUGAAUGGCUUGCGGCUGGAACGAGUCACCGAUAUGCCGUCCAACAACAAGUUCUUGACCUGGCUAAAGCUGUAAGCGAAAGCCAUUGCAGCGUGAAUUGUAUAAAUCGCAGGAGAGUAGGAGUAUUCUCUACAUAUACGGCGCUCGCUUUUUCCCUGAUAUUUUGUAAUGUUUGGCGGUUAUUCCCAUUGAUCCCACACAAAUCAACGCGUCUUAGUGGAAAAUCUGUAACAAAGAGAUAAAAGAGGAUUUAACGCAUGCACUUCGUAAUCUUUCUAUAAGGAAGUGCAUUACAAUCUGGAUAUAUGUAAUUUUAGAGGAACUAGCGGAAAUGGAAACCAGAAGUUGAGAUAGCUGAACAAUCUGAUGAAUCACCGUUAUAAUUUUGCAAUAUCUCAAAAGGUAUUUAUGUAAAUUUAACGUAUUCUAUAUCGUACUAUAGAGUACAGCCUAUAAGCCCUUGUUGUUGAUUAUAUCCUGAUUAUAUUGACUGGUACUUUAGUAAUAGAGUUUGUCUCCAUAUCAAAUAUAUUUGUAUAAACUGUACAUAUUCUAUAUUAUA